AUGCCUGCUACACGGCUUCUUGGAGUUUACAACAGAGUCGGUUAUGUGGUUGUCGACAAGGAUGGAGUCAAGCACAAGAGAAAGCUGCAAUCAGAAGAGCCAAUGGCCACUAUAAACCGCAUACUGGGACGAUCUCGUUCGCGCCGACAGCAACCGCAACCGAAUCCAAACCCAAACGACACGGAUUCCGACAGUGAGGACGAUGAAUACGAGUACUCGGCACCAUCGUCAACGUCGACCCCUUCAAUCGGAUCGUCGCCAGGAUCUGGAGCUUCUAUCCCACCACUGUCUAAUCCAGCUGCUCUCGCUGCUAGCGAACCGUCCGAGUCAAUGGCAAUGGCGCCAUCGCCUCUCGCUGAGCAGGGAUCCCGCGAUACCAGCCCCAUCUCGCAAACAACUGAGCACUUGCUCAUUGCGGCUGGUUCCAUUGGUGCAACAAUCAUCAUUGUCAUGGUAGUGCUUGCAAUUUACACCAUGCGAAAACGUGGUCUCUCUAUGAGGGAUGUUGUCCAGCAGGGCAAACAGCAAUUCCACAAUGGCCCACCGCCACACCUGUCUUCUCGAUACGGACAAGACAAGAAAUAUGCAUUUGAUGAUGAACGCGGUUAUGGCAUGAAUGAUACAAUCGACCCCCCUCGACCAGCUGCAAUCCCAGUAAGGUCUAGUUCGACGUCAUCGCAGAAGCGCUUGCAACCGCUUGGACGCAGCGACAGCUUCGGUCAACCCGCUACUAGAGACGGCAACCAAAGCUUCUUUGACGACGCUCUGUCGCGCGAUGGCAACCAAACGCCAGUCUCGCCCAGCUUUCCGAUUGAAGGCAAACGGCGGAGCGCAUCAACUCGUAACACUAGAUCACUGGACAACGACGAGGACUUGCAGUUUGCCGAGACUCCAUCACGCCCACCAAGCAACCUCCCAGCUCCUCCAUCAUUCCGUCAGUUCCUCUCAAACCGCCCUUCCAUCUCUCAACGACCUGCGUUUGGAGGUGCAGGAGGCAUGGCAAGUAGGUUCAGCUGGACAAACUCGCAGGCUCCUCAAACACCCCAUGACCCAUCCCGCGAUACCGUUGCACAGUCAGUCGCCCGUGAGAGCUUCAUGACAUCGCGCUCUUCUGUUCCUCGCUUCCGCACUGUCGACUCUUGGGUUAACCAGCAAUCUAAUCGCGUGGAAGAGCAACGCCUCAAGCAGCAAUUCCGCAUGACGCAGUCUACUACCUAUUCCGAUGAUGACAUUCCUGAAAUGCCAGCCCUACCAUCCUCUGUUCCCAAGAACACAAAUAGUGUUACCAGGCAACCCAGCACCAAGAGUGGACUUGUAGGAAGGGAUAUUAAGCAUCAGAGACACGACACGCAGACGACGGCACCAAUCUUCAAAGCGCACCCGGGAACUGAAGUACGAUUCAGCACACGAAGCGCAGUGCCUUCUGAGAUUCUAGAUAGGGGCCGCCAGAACGCCGCACUGUAA